GCGUCUCUCUCUCUCCCUCUCUCUCUCUCUCUCUCUCUCUCUCUCUCUCUCCUCUCUUUCCGUGGCAAUCGCUCUCUGCCUCUCGGCUGGAUAAAAAAUUCUUUAGUUAAAGGCAGGAAUGCAAAGUAGUGACAAGCGAAGGGGCUGAUGUAUGUCUCCGUAACGAGUCUGACAAUCAGAAUGUAGCUCUUGGAGAAUAGAUAGAUUUUAAUAAGUGUGUUUACAUGAGCUCAAGGUCAGAAGCAAGCUGCGCUGUGUUAAAUGGUUUCUUAGUUGCUAGACAGAGAGAAAAAAUGGACGACCACACACCAUUCUUUGUAGAUUAUUAUAUCAAGGGUUCAGUCUCCGGCUCAUCAAAGCUAAAUGCUGAAAGACCUAUCUAGUUGCUGUGAAUUACGCCAGGGCGACAAUGGAGAUCCUUUUUAAUGGUACAAUGCAUUUCACCUACCAGAUAGGGGGAGGCCGAGCAGGGGAUGGGAUGUCUGCUGGGGUUGGAUGAUGAGUAUCAAUGAACGGGGCGAUUCUGAAAUGAGGUUGAUGAAAAGCGAGCCUGCCCUGCUCAGGCUAGGCUGAGAGCAGUUGGCCGGGCUCUGGCGAGUGGGCGACUGAGGCGCGCGAGCUGGGCGCCCGUCCCCCCUCAGCCCCGGAAAAUGAUCAAGUCAAUCAUGUGGACAUGUUUCAUUAUUCAUUGAACACAAUCUUUUACAACGCUCGGUUUACGUGCCCGAGUUUGCUCCCGACGCCCGCGUUUAAUGUUUUAAGUUCCCGAAGGCCACGGCUUUAAGAGCAUCCUACACACCAAGACGAAACUCCGUGGCUUUAAGACUUGCCUGGGAGCUGGGGCCCACCCCUCUGGCCGUCUUUCAGCAUCCAGAGUAUCUUUUCUGAGGACACAUUCUUACUAGACUGACAGUCCUUGAGUCAAGCAUGCAGUGAGGGUGUUAAGGGAUGGAAGAAGCGAGUCUGUGCCUUGGAGUGUCCUCGACGGCACCGGAAGCUGAGCCUCAUCUGAGCGGCCCAGUCCUCAAUGGCCAGUAUGCCAUGAGCCAGAAGUUGCACCAGAUUACUUCCCAGCUCAGCCAUGCCUUUCCUGAGUUGCACCCGAGGCCCAACCCAGAAGAGAAGCCACCUGCGGCCCUUGAGGAAAAGGCCCACGUGCCCAUGAGCGGGCAGUCCAUGGGCAGCCAAAUGGCAUUGCUGGCCAACCAGCUGGGCCGCGAUGUAGACAACAGCCUCAAUGGGCGUGUGGACCUGCAGCAGUUCCUCAAUGGGCAGAACCUAGGAAUCAUGUCUCAGAUGAGUGACAUUGAGGAUGAUGCCCGAAAGAACCGGAAGUAUCCGUGUCCUCUGUGUGGCAAGCGUUUCCGGUUCAAUAGCAUCCUCUCCCUGCACAUGCGCACUCACACCGGUGAGAAGCCAUUCAAGUGCCCCUACUGUGACCACCGCGCGGCCCAAAAAGGAAACCUCAAGAUCCACCUGCGGACCCACAAGCUGGGCAACUUGGGGAAGGGGCGCGGGCGGGUACGUGAGGAGAACCGUCUGCUGCACGAGCUGGAGGAGAGGGCCAUCCUGCGGGACAAGCAGAUGAAGGGCAGCCUGCUGCAGCCGAGGUCUGAUCUCAAGCCCUUGGCACAUGCCCAGCAGGCCCCGUUGGCCACCUGCAACUUGACCUUGCCUCCUAACCACAGCGUGCCCGACGUAGCCCAUCCGGCACCUUCCCCCAAGCCGGCCAAUUUGCAGGAGGAUUCGGUGACCCCGGCUGCGGGCUUCCGAUGCACCUUUUGCAAAGGCAAAUUCAAGAAGCGAGAAGAGCUGGACCGCCACAUCCGCAUUUUGCAUAAGCCCUACAAGUGCACCCUGUGUGACUUCGCAGCCUCGCAGGAGGAGGAGCUCAUCAGUCACGUGGAGAAGGCACACAUCACUGCGGAGUCUGCCCAGGGCCAAGGCCCCAAUGGUGGGGGAGAGCAGUCAGCCAACGAGUUCCGCUGUGAGGUAUGUGGCCAGGUGUUCAGCCAGGCUUGGUUCUUGAAGGGCCACAUGCGCAAGCACAAAGACUCUUUUGAGCACUGCUGCCAGAUCUGUGGCCGGCGCUUCAAAGAGCCUUGGUUCCUGAAGAAUCACAUGAAGGUCCACCUCAACAAGCUGUCGGUGAAGAACAAAUCCCCCACUGAGCCUGAGGUGUCGGUGCCUAUGGGUGGCCUGUCCCAGGAAGCUCAUGCCAACCUGUACUCUAGGUACCUCUCCUGCCUGCAGAGUGGCUUUAUGGCCCCGGACAAAGCCAGCCUGAAUGAGCCCUCCCAGCUCUAUGGUAAGGGAGAGCUCCCAGCCAAGGAGAAAGAGGUUCUGGGCAAGCUACUGUCGCCCAUUUCCAGUAUGGCUCACAGUGUCCCCGAGGGGGACAAGCACUCCCUCCUGGGCUGCCUCAACCUCGUGCCACCACUGAAAUCCAGCUGCAUCGAGCGGUUGCAGGCAGCUGCCAAGGCUGCAGAAAUGGACCCUGUGAAUAGCUAUCAGGCCUGGCAGCUCAUGGCCAGGGGCAUGGCCAUGGAACACGGCUUCUUAUCUAAAGAGCAUCAGCUCACGCGCAACCACGAAGACCCUUUGGCAAACGCCGGAGUUCUGUUUGAUAAGGAGAAGCGGGAGUACGUGUUAGUGGGAGCAGAUGGCUCCAAGCAGAAAAUGCCUGCUGAUUUGGUUCACAGCACUAAAGUGGGCAAUCAGAGAGACCUGCCAAAUAAGCUCGACCCUCUAGAAGGCAGUCGGGAAUUUUUGUCACACGGGCUCAACCAGACGCUCGAAUACAACCUACAGGGUCCCGGGAACAUGAAAGAGAAGCCCACUGAGUGCCCGGAUUGUGGACGGGUUUUCCGAACCUACCACCAGGUGGUCGUGCAUUCUCGAGUCCACAAGCGGGACCGCAAGAGUGACGAGGAUGCUCUGCACGUGGGUGUGGGCCUGGAGGAGCGGCGAGGCUCAGGCAGUGACCAGGAGUCCCAGUCAGUGAGCCGCUCCACCACACCCGGCUCCUCUAACGUGACUGAGGAGAGUGGGGCCGGAGGUGGCCUGUCGCAGACCGGAAGCGCCCAAGAGGAUAGUCCACACCCCUCUUCACCAUCUUCUUCAGACAUCGGCGAGGAGGCCGGGAGAGCCGGUGGCGUCCAGCAGCAGGCGCUGCUUCGAGACAGGAACCUGGGCUCGGCCAUGAAGGACUGCCCGUACUGUGCGAAGACUUUCCGGACUUCCCAUCACCUCAAGGUCCACCUGAGGAUACACACAGGUGAGAAGCCUUACAAGUGUCCUCACUGUGACUACGCUGGCACCCAGUCAGCGUCCCUGAAGUAUCACCUGGAGAGACACCAUCGGGAGCGGCAGAAUGGAGCCGGCCCACUGUCAGGACAGCCCCCGAACCAGGAGCACAAGGAUGAGACCUCCAGCAAAGCGCCUAUGUUUAUCAGGCCAGACAUCCUGCGGGGAGCUUUUAAGGGUCUCCCCGGAAUCGACUUCCGAAGUGGUCCUGCCUCUCAGCAGUGGACAUCAUCCAGCAUGCUCUCCUCUGGAGACCACUCAGGGCAGGCCACUGGCAUGUCCUCAGAGCUGUCUUCAGAUGCCCUAAAAGCCUCCGAUCUCCCUUCCAAAAGCUCCCACUUCUCAGAGAUCGGGAGAGCUUAUCAAAACGUUGUGAGCAACGGUGUGAACUUCCAAGGGUCCCUGCAGGCAUUCAUGGACAGCUUUGUCCUCAGCUCUUUGAAGAAAAAGGACAUGAAAGACAAGGUCCCAUCCGAGGCCCAUUCUAUGAAAGCCCACACUGCGGAGGGCGGGGAGGAGAAAGCAAGCGUGAAGCCCUCCCAGCGAAAGACUGAGAAAUCUCAGUACGAGCCUCUGGACUUGUCCGUGCGGCCGGACGCCACCACUCUCCCUGGCUCCUCUGUGACCAUGCAAGACAGCAUUGCGUGGCACGGCUGCUUGUUCUGCGCUUUCACCACCUCGUCCAUGGAGCUUAUGGCCCUUCACCUCCAGGCCAACCACCUCGGCAAAGCGAAACGCAAAGACCACCCCACCGGGGUGACAGCCAACUGCAAAGAACAGGUGCGGGAGGCCGGCAAGGUCUCCGUGCUGCCUCCCAUACAAUCAAACAAAGAGAUGGCCCUUUCCAGCACUGUCGGCAGUGUGCUCGACUCUGCACCCGAGAAGAUGGCCCAAGGACCGGCCAAAGAGACUCUAGGGGACCAGAAGAGCGGUCAGUGGCCCAGUCACAUGGACCCCGCCUUUUGUACCUUUCCAUCUGACUUCUACAAACAGUUUGGCGUUUACCCCACCAUGGUUGGCUCAGGGGGCCCCGGCUCCUGCCUCAACAAGAAUCCCGAGGGGAAAGCCCACCCGGAAGAUGACGCCCCGAUCCUGAUCCCGGAAACCGCAAACAAAAACACUACUGAUGACCUCUCGGAUAUUGCCUCCUCCGAGGACAUGGACUCCUCCUCCAAGGGGGAAAACAACGAGGAGGAGGAGAUCGACACCGAACCAGAGAUGAUGAGCAAGCCACUGUCUGCUCUCAGCAAAGAUGGCAGCCAUGAGGGCGGUGAAAGCCUGCUGCCCCCAGGCGCCCCCCAGCCCAUCCAGGGACUGGUCUCACCUUUAGCCCAAGCAGCCGAGGAACAGUGGCACGGCCCAGGCAUCCUUCCUGCCCAGGACCCCUCGGCCGGGCUGCCCAAGCCAGAGCGGGGUCCCCCGGGCUUGGAGAAACCUAUGAGCAUGCUGUCGGUCCUCAGGGCCUACAGCGCCGAUGGCUUAGCAGCCUUUAACGGGCUUGCAAGCAGCACAGCAAAUUCUGGAUGUAUCAAGAGGCCAGACUUGUGUGGUAAGUUUUAGAAUCCUCUUCCUUCAGUUCAUUUCCCCCAAAACAUCACUGCUAAAUUGUGCAUACAAAAAAAAAAAAAAAAAAAAGAAGAAGAAAAAAAGAAAAACAAUAAAAAAACAAACAAAAAAACAACCCAAAAUCCAACAACAAAAUGGGGUUGACAUAUACCCAUUAGCAAAAUUUAAACUAAAUCUUUAAAAAGGCAAAAGAAAAGCAAAAGCCAACGCUGUAUAUAUAGUAUAGACAAUCACAAAAGUCGUUUUGAUCGGUUUUGAAGCGUGUGCUUUUGGGGUCCAACUUUCUGUGUAAUGCCCAUAUAGACAAGGCAUGGGAAGUCAAAGUGUGGGCUUCCCUCUUAUUUUUCACCCAUAAGUUGAGGAGGGGAAGAAAAUUCACCUUAAAAAAAAAACAAACAAAAACAAAACAAAACAAAAAAACAAAACCAAAACAGAUACGGUGACUUGCAAGCUUCCCAAUACUUUAACCCAUUCAAAAAGCAAAAACCAAACUGAUGCCUAGAGAGUCUCCCAUUGCUUUGCCAAGCCGAAUCUGCUUGCCUAAGUUCUUUCCAUUGACCUAGAGGAUACUAAAAGUCAUCACACUAACACAGAAUAGCAAGGGGUUCUCUCUCCGAGUUAGGGAGAUGGCUCCGGGGUGUUUGCGCCUCACUUGGGACAUAUCAAAUGGCAGUUACUGUGACAUUGGCCUUCUGCUGUUGCCUUCUGUCUGUGUCUGUCUGUUUGCCUAAUCUGUCUGUCUGCCGUCCUAACAAAAAGCCUGCAUCGUGAAGUGUCUGGUCAGCAGUGUGGUGGCCCUACGUGUCUUGAAUCUAUGCUUGUCUGAACUUGUAAACCAGCACCCACUCCUUUACUUCCAGAAUACUGUUACCCCAUGGUAAUUCUAGAUUUUUCCAAGCAGAAUCCUAAACCCCAGUUGGACCAAAUGGAUACAGGGACGGGCAGGGACUGUGACCAUCAUCACGUCUUUGUUCCUAUGUUGAGCCUGGUCCGCGGAGAGCGGCUCCGGGCCCAGCGAUCCCACUAGAGACAAGCAGCAUGGGAUUAUACUCACCAUAUAAUUUUUGAAUGAAUUUCUGAGUUUUCCCCUCCUUCUUUGAGGAAGGAAGGGAAGGCGGAAGGACGGGGUGGCGGGGAUGCACCAGGGAGCAUUUUCUAAACCUCACAUCCUGAUUCCUUCAGCACAGAGCGGAAAUCACGAAGCCAGGCUGUUGACGAUCCAGAUCGAUAAAUUUCCUUUUGUUUUUUUUUUCUCUCUUUGUGUCAUUCCCCAAUUCACUAAGAAGUGGAAGAAGCAGUCAGAAAUACCUUUUUGAGUGGUCAAAAUCACUAAAUGGAUUUAUGACAGCUCAAAAAAUUAUUGAUGGUUCCUUACACUGAAUGACUCCCGAGGUCCCAUUAGCCAGUACCCCAGAUCUAUUUUUAGCUACGUACGAUUCAUUACUCUCGAAGCUGUUAAAAACAAUUUUUAAAAGAAGAAGAAAAGGGAUUUAUGUCUGUCCAAUAUCCUCCCUUCCUUCUGCAGAGAGUGAUAUUUAAGUCUUUUUCUUUCAUUUGUUUCAAGUUUGGUUGGGGUGGUUUUUUUGUACUUAUUGUUGUUGUUUGAGGAUUUUUUUUUUAAAGUCUAUUUUCGGUUCCUUUGAUUACCUACAUAGGAUCAUGGUUCCUGCCAGGAAUCCACGCACCAGAAAAGAUCAAACCCUGGCAUGCACAUAAGCUCAUUAUUAUUGAAACGAGCUCACAUUACCCCCAUUAAUACCCCUAUCUUCCUAUCUGUGGAAGAAAGGCCGCCUGCCUUGAGGAAGCUUGUCCAGAGAUUUCUCUCUGCAUCAGGGGGCGGGUGGAGAGGGCAGCAGGGCCAGGGAGCUGCUGAUGCCCGGAGACACUUUCAGAACUGGCGGGCGUUCCCAUCCCUUCCCCGGUCUCGCCUAAUAUUUCCAUGGUACAUGCAAAAACAAAAACAAAAACAAAUAAAAAAAAACAAAAAACAAACAAAAAAACCAAAAAAACCCCAAAACUGUUCCAUCAACCUGUCAGUCCCUAGGCCGCAGGCCCUGGGGGACACAUCUCACCCCUCUCUUUAGAAGUGCAUGAAGACCCUUGGGCCAGCGAGAGAGCAAAGCCUCCUGGUGGCUCCCCAGACAAGGGUCCAGCUCUAAAGCCCCAAACCUCAGUCCGGCCACCGGCUGCCUACUUUCAGAGCAGAUCACUUCUGUAUUUUGUUUGGCCCCAUUUCCUCUAGAAGCCUCUGCAGUGGUCUUGGUAGCAGGUGGGAUAGCUCUUUUUGUUUUCUGGUCCCCAGGCAUCAGGCCCAGCAUAAUUCAUUAUAAUCUUAGGUUCUUGUUGUGUGUGGUGGUGUCCUAGAACCCAGAAAAGCAGCUGCCAUCCUGGUUAAGAACUGAUAUUUCAGAGAAAAGCAAACGAAUUUUCCACGCCUCGCUAGCGCUUCUCUCUUGCAUGGAACACUCUGCAUAAUUAAGCUAUGAAUGACCAGCAGCUUCAAGGCACACGGCCUAAGACAGCCCCAGCCUUUACCUCUUCUCUGCCCCACUUAAAGUAGGCAUGACUUUGCCAGCAGGUCCCUCAGAUCAACAGCUCCUCUUUCUCACAGAGCUGGGCUUUGCCAAACCAAUGCCUUAUUCUGCGAUUGCUUAUCUCAGAGUUUAGGGCCUCAUUUCCUCUGUUAAAGAAGACCUAGAAUCAUACCUGGAGGCCCCUAGAAACUCUAGUGGCUAUAAUCGAUGUCCUUGUGUAUACGGAAGAACUCUCUCCUCUUACACUGUAAAACUUGAAAAGCAAUCUGUAAAAACUUCGCCUGCAUCAUGUAGACCCACACAGAACUCAGGAACCCCUCUUGUACCCUCCAGCAGUCAAGAGAACGUGUCUUCUCUCCUGUUGUAUGUAGGACUAUGUGUUGAAAGCCGCACAUCCAGGCCGAUUGCUGCACCGUUGCUUCCUAACUUUUAGAACUUUUAGUCCUGUACCCUGGGUGUUAUGUCCUGACCAGUGUGUGCUAGCCAUUUAUAGCUAAUACGUUCUUACCUGGAUGCAGGAGAGCAAGCUGAUGGAGAGGCUACUCCAUCCUCGUGCGUGAUAAGUCCCAUAGCACAGCCCGUGCAGAAGGCAAGAUGAACCUUGCUGUAGGGGCUGGUAUACCAGUGUGUCAGGGGCUCGUUACAGAUGAUCCUAUGGGAGAUCCUGAGCCAGCUCAGAAUCAGUUGGAAGAUGAUUUAUUAAGUAGGAGAGGGCCAGGUCCCACUGCUCUGAUCUUGUUACACGACAUCCUAUUCUAGCCAAAACUGUAGCUUCUAGAGGUGGGCGUCGGGAUCCAGGCAUGUCGCAUACUUCCCUUAGCAGUGUGAAAAAGGUCAAAGACGUGCCAUCAGAGAGCUUUGAUAAGUCCUUUGUACUGUUAGAGUGGCUCUGUCCUUGCUUUGCAAUGGGACGAGCGAACUUCACAUCAGUAUUUAAAUGGGGGGGGAAGGGGACAAGGCAGAUGACUAGAGCUGUGUCCGUCCACUGUCAGUCAGGGAGGCAGGCACCUUGUGCAGCUUUUAGGAGCUACUGUGGAAAUGUUGCUUAGAGAGGCAGGAGAGCGUGAGAGACGCAGCUGUGGCACACACAGACCGCUCAGUGAGUCUGCCCAGCACCUACCUGGAGGUUGCUACCAUAGAAAGGCCGAAGACCUGGUUCCAUCCCGGAGCCUGUGGAUGUGGGAAUCAACUAGCCACCCCUGUCCCUCAUUUUUUGAAACUGAGGCCACCAGCCAGAGAGCACACAAUUGCUGUGUGUACUUUCUCAAAUGUUGCUUUCGAUGCCCUUUCCCGAAUCCUCUGGGCAUGACACAGAACUCUUGUCAGGUUAAGAGGCAGGCAGAGGAAAAAGCACAACUCCUUUACCCUUAGCUGGGCUCCUACCACUCCAGGAAGCCCAGUCCCAUGUGGAGCAACCAUCAGCAAGCCCCACGUGCAAUAGCCAUCAGGCUAGGUGAUGCCCUCAAGGAUGCUAUGUCACGUGUGUCCUAAAAUGUAUGAUAUGAUGGAAUAUAGUGACCAAACUAAACUAUCUUAAGAGGUGACUUCUGCCCCACCGUGAUUUCUUUGCACAGACACUCAGAAAAUAUCUACCUUUUGUCCCCCCACCUACACAGCCUAGAGCCGAAAGGUCAAUAUACAUUUUCUGAAGGGCCGGGGGUAACUGUUUUCAGCUUACAAACCAUGAGCACCCUCUUAUUUCUGACUCCUUCCUGCUGGGUAGCACUAAAGAAACUAUAGACAAUGUGACUGUGUGUCAAUAAUGCUUUAUGAACUAAGGCUUGGGGGUGGUCGGGACUGGUCCAGAGGCCAGAACCUCAGGCCCCUGCUUUAGUGUAAAGAAGGAUGCACUCCUGGGUUAUUUCCAGAGUAAAGGAUGGAGACAUCAGGCAGAGAGAGCGAGAGCGAGAGAGCGAGAGAGCGAGAGAGAGAGAGAGAGAGAGAGUACUCCUUACCAUCCUGUCCCAACACCACAGGCAGAAGAGAUGGAACAGCUGUGACUUAGCUUUUACAACAACUGCUUCUCCACAGACAGGAGUACAGGGAGGAAUUAAAAUGGCAGACACCUAAGAGCCUGGGGCAGAUGCCCCCAGAUCAGAUGAGUGUCCUCAAGCCGCAGUCAGUGCACCAGAAAGUUAUCUUGAAAGAUGACACUGGCAGCUUUGUGAUGUCACCCAGCCCAUUUUUGUUUGGGCUCAGUCCAGUUCCAGACAUAAAACAAAUGGCUCGAGUCAAGGGGGUAGGAGGAGUCCUGUCUCCUUGUCUUCUUUUCAAGAAGUGACAAAAGCCUGCGGCCAGAUAGAGACCCCCGAAGUAGCUGUUCUCCUUAGUGUUUCUAUUGCUGUGAAACACCAUGACGAAAGCAACUGGGGGAGAAAAGGCAUUGUUUCUGCUUACACUUCCAGGGUACUGCCCUUCAGUGAUGGAAGUCGGGGCAGAACUCAAACAGCAGGAGCCUGGAGGCAGGAGCUGAUCCAGAGGCCAUGGAGGGGUGGGUGCUGCUUACAUGCUUGAUCCUCAUGGUCUACUCAGCCUUCUUUCCUUUAGAGCACAGGACCACCAGUCCAGGAACGGCACCACCUACAAUGGGUUGGGCCCAUAAUAACUGUAUACAAAUCAUUGUAUUGGUUUUGUUUCUAGACCUAAGGAAAGCAAACCUUCCUCACUAUGGAGACACCUCUGACAGUGUACCAGCUGACAGUUUGUGAACUGUCACACACAGCAAGGGGAAAUCCUAUUAUUUCACCAUUAGACUGACCACAACAAACAACACGUGACUCUAAAAGUCACAAUUAAGAACAGGCCCUAUGAUUUGCCUACAGCCAGAUCUUAUGGGGGCGUUUUCUCAAUUGGAGUUCCCUCCUUGCAUGUGACUGUAGCCUACUGACAAGAGUAGCCCGUAGAGCAUCUGUCUCUAGUAUAUGAAGCAUCAUAAAUGUGGACUAUAUGAUGUGCAGACACCUGAACAUGGGCAGCGAUGUGUUACGGUGGCAGUUACAUGCUAUGGCCAUGAUUCCAGGAGGUCCCACUAGGAAAAUGAUACAGGUCCCAUUCUGCAAAGUAUGAGGUUGCCCAGACAAACAGCAGCCAACCCCAGGGAGGGCAGGUAGCCAGGGAGGGAGAUAGCUGAGGGCUCCCUGCUGUUCUAUCCAGUGCUGCUGUGCUCCCCCAAAUCCCCAAAGCCAAAACACAGCCAGCCCCCUUCAGAGGCACUUUAGAGGCUGGAUAAGGCACUGAGCACCUCACUCUGUCUUUACCAAACUUGACCAGUUUUAGAUUUGUCUCAACUUCUGUGGUCCAGCCCAUUCCCAGACCUAGUGUUUUCCCAAUAGGAAGGGCCAUUUGACCUACUGUGAAGUCUAAGGGCAGAGUUCUGUAAGUUCCUGGAAUUCAUCACCUUACUGUGCUUGUCUAGAGCUGCUGUCUGCCUCUCAGCUGAUUAUAGAGAGACUGUCUCUGAGUGUGGGCUCGUGCGUGUGAGCGUGUGCGUGUGCGCGUACAUGUGUGUGCGUGUGUGUGUGUGCACGCGCACGUGCGCGUAGGUGUGUAUCACAGACGACAUCCUAUAGGUAGGGUCUUCUGAUGACACUGGCACUCUGGGGAGGCAGUCCCCUGCCCUCACCCAGAGCUGUGUGGGUGUCAUGACUGACAGAGACAGCCCCUCGAAUGACAGCUCGUUCCUCCAAAUCUCAUUCUUUUUUCCUCUCCUUCCCUCCUUUUUAAACUGAAGGGAGUGGGACUGGUGUGAUGUCGCUUGCACGGCAGGAUGACAGAACUGUUGUGGGGACGCCAUUGUGUUUGCCAAAUGGUCCACUCGUCAUUUCAGAACAAACAAAUGGAUGGUGUCUGUGAGUCGGCAAACACUGGUGACAUUUAGCCUUGUUUAUGUUUCUUGCCUUUUGCUGCAUCGUUUUGGCUCCAAAAGCUACUGUCUGAAUCAACAUUGCCUCUGAAGUGGGAGAAAAGUCUGGUAGAGUUCAUCUCGGUGGCUGCGUCCAUAUUUCUCUUGGGAUUGCACAAAACCAAGGAAUCAUCGCAGCCAAGGUUUUUUGGGUUUUUUUGUUUGUUUGUUUGUUUUUGUUUUUGUUUUUAAAAGCUGUGUGUUUCUCCCCUUUGAUAGUGAGGUAGGACUGGAGUGGGAGAGGGGAGGAAGAGUGUGCUACCAGAACCGACACAUCCUGGUGGAGUCCAAGCUCUCCAGCCUAUUUCAACUCAGUCAGGAACCGUACAGCCCUGUCGGUGCGUGACGUGGGCUUGACAUCAGUCUCCUUAGUCCGCUGAACGGCGGUGAUGCUUGGAAGUGGCUGCCAUCUAUGUAGACUCAGGUCACAUGUCCGCUGCAGAAGGAAUCAGGUCGCUUGCACCCCCCCCCCCAUGUUGUGUGUGAAGCCCAGGUUUCAAAUGAGGCAGCAAUCACACCCUAUUAAUUAAUGCUGAUCGGCAAUACCUCUACGCCUAACCGCCAGCCUGCUAUAAUCAUGCAGCCUAUUCUUACUUUCGCCAGAGACAGAAAGUCCAGAUUUUAUAAAUAUCCCGUUAUUGUCAUCCUUCCAUUAAACAGUAGGGACUGUGACCCUGCCCUUGCUUCCCAGGGCCUCUAGCCCCAAACGUUUCCUGGAUUAACAAAUCUACACGUUUUCUUUCAGGUAAGUGACACCCCAUGUACUAGUCGCUCUGUCUGGACUCCCCCCUUGUCUGUCUGUGCUCCUUCGUGGUUUACCUGCAGCUUGUUAACCGUGCAAAGUCAACAGAAGAACCUAUACACAUACACGUGUUUUGAGUAAAUAAUUCCUACCAGCACAGGUAUGCGUGCGCGCACAGCACACCAACCUGUGUAGAGUCAAGAGAGGCUGAAAGCGUUGCCCUCCACCCCACGUUUGCGAUAGUAAUGGAUACAAAUGUUUAGAAACCUGAGUGAGAGAGUCACAAAUCCCAGUGGGUGGUGGGUCCCCAGAUCAAUGAAAACCCGUCUGGGGCAGUGCCCGUGCCCUGCCGGCUCACCUGAGCUCCCAGGGCUGGGCCCCAGGAUAGCCCUGCCACAUUCCUUUCUUGUGUCUGAUUGUCAUGUAUUUUGUAACACUUUAGAAGAAUACAGAAAAGUGCGGUAAUUAUCUCCCUCCAUAGUAUUUAAGCAGAAAUAUUGCUAGUUUAAUAUUGCGUCAGGUCGUCGUGUUAACCAGGAACAGGUGACAGUAAAAUCCAAGCCAACAGCACUCUGACACCCGAAACCUAAAAAAAAAAAAAAAAAAAAAAAAAAAAAGGCGACCGAAGCGAAAUGUGUAAACGUGUACCGGGUUAUCCUGUGCUCUGGAAUAGACUGUUGUUGAAAUAAUUAGAAGAUAUAUUAAGGUGUUCCUGGUAAUGAAGGCAUGUAAGUUAUCAUAAUUGUAGUUUUCUGCAUAAGUGUCAAACUCUAUCUUUCCGUGUGCUGUAUGCUGAGUUACAAGUUAGGUCAUUUAUGAAUGGAAUGUAAAACAAUACUAAAAAAAAAAAUGCUUCAAUAAGUUAUCUUGGUAUUGCUAAUAAAAAAAAAAGCUGUGAAACA